GAAGCAGCCCUUCACAGAGACGAUGUGGAGUUUAUCAGUGACCUGAUCGCUUGCCUGCUUCAAGGUUGCUAUCAGCGCAGGGAUAUCACGCCUCAGACAUUCCACAGCUACCUAGAAGAUAUCAUCAACUACCGUUGGGAACUUGAGGAAGGGAAACCCAACCCACUGAGAGAAGCCAGUUUCCAAGACCUGCCUCUACGUACUCGAGUAGAGAUUCUACACCGCCUCUGUGAUUAUCGGCUGGAUGCAGAUGAUGUCUUCGAUCUUCUCAAGGGUCUAGAUGCAGAUAGUCUCCGUGUGGAACCAUUGGGCGAAGACAAUUCUGGGGCACUCUAUUGGUAUUUCUAUGGAACGCGAAUGUACAAAGAGGACCCAGUGCAGGGAAAAUCCAAUGGAGAACUCUCCUUGAGCAGGGAAAAUGAAGGACAAAAAAAUGUCUCGAGUAUUCCUGGAAAAACAGGAAAAAGAAGAGGCAGACCCCCCAAACGGAAGAAACUACAGGAGGAAAUUAUACUGAGUGAAAAGCAGGAAGAAAAUUCCUUGGCAUCUGAGUCACAGACAAGAAAUGGAUCCCAAGGGCCAGGCCAAGGCACUUGGUGGCUGCUCUGCCAAACAGAAGAAGAAUGGAGACAGGUCACUGAGAGCUUUCGAGAGAGGACUUCCCUUCGAGAACGGCAGCUCUAUAAGCUGCUCAGUGAGGACUUCCUGCCCGAGAUCUGCAACAUGAUUGCCCAGAAGGGAAAACGCCCACAGCGCACAAAGGCAGAGUUGCAACCUAGGUGGAUGUCUGGCCACCUCUCCGUCAAAUCCAUCAAGCAAGAGGAGACUCCUGUGCUUACCAGAAUAGAGAAACAGAAGCGCAAAGAGGAGGAAGAAGAACGGCAGAUUCUCCUGGCUGUGCAGAAGAAGGAGCAGGAGCAGAUGCUGAAGGAAGAGAGGAAACGGGAAUUGGAGGAGAAGGUCAAAGCAGUGGAAGAUCGUGCUAAAAGAAGAAAGCUCAGGGAAGAAAGGGCAUGGCUCCUGGCACAAGGGAAGGAGCUACCUCCAGAACUUUCCCAUCUGGACCCCAAUUCCCCCAUGAGGGAAGAGAAAAAGACCAAGGACCUCUUUGAGCUGGAUGAUGAUUUCACUGCCAUGUAUAAAGUUCUAGAUGUGGUGAAGGCUCACAAGGAUUCCUGGCCCUUUUUGGAACCUGUGGAUGAAUCUUACGCCCCUAACUAUUAUCAGAUUAUUAAGGUCCCCAUGGAUAUUUCAAGCAUGGAGAAAAAACUGAAUGGAGGCUUAUACUGUACCAAGGAGGAGUUUGUAAAUGACAUGAAGACUAUGUUCAGGAAUUGUCGAAAAUAUAAUGGGGAAAGUAGUGAAUAUACCAAGAUGUCUGAUAAUUUAGAGAGGUGUUUCCAUCGGGCAAUGAUGAAACAUUUUCCUGGUGAAGAUGGAGACACAGAUGAAGAAUUUUGGAUCCGUGAAGAUGAAAAGCGGGAGAGGAGACGGGGUCGGGCUGGACGAAGUGGUGGCAGCCAUGUUUGGACCCGCUCCAAGGACCCUGAAGGGCCCAGCAAGAAACAGCAGCCUGUGGAAAAUGGAGGAAAGUCGCUGCCACCUGCACGCCGAGCCUCUUCCUCUGGGGAUGACCAGAGCAGCAAUUCUACACAGCCCCCUCGAGAGGUGGGCGCUUCCAAUGGCAGAGGUUUCUCUUGCCCCACACAUCAUGGUGGGAUGCCCAGCCAGGCAUCCUUUUUAAACCAGAUGAGGCCAACAGUACCAGGAACAUUUGGGUCUCUUCGAGGAUCAGAUCCUGCUAACUUAUACGGUUCCUCUGGAGCCCCAGAGCCACACCCUGGAGAGCCUGUUGUACAACAGCAUCAAACUUUUCCCGUGCAGCCUCCAGUUGGAAUUAAUAGCCACCGAGGACCUGGGCUGAGCACACCUGAGGAGAAGCAAAUGUGUGGGGGACUGGCACACCUUUCUAACAUGGCGCCACAUCCUGGAUCAUUGCAGUUGGGGCAGAUGAGUGGCCCCAGUCAGGAUGGAAACAUGUAUCCUUCAGCUCAAUUCCAGCCAGGAUUUAUUGCUCCCAGGCACGGUGGGGCUCCAGCCCGACCCCUAGACUUUGCUGAAAGCCCAGAAAUUCCUCCCAGCCACAUGUACCGAUCAUACAAGUACCUAAAUCGAGUACACUCUACUCUAUGGAAUGGAAACCAUGGUGCUACUAACCCAGGACCCUUGGGGCCAGAAGAGAAGCCGCUUCUGGGGCCAGGAGCCUCUCACCAGCCUCGCACUCUUGGUCACAUGAUGGACUCCCGAGUGAUGAGACCACCUAUCCCCCCAAACCAGUGGACUGAACAAUCAAGCUUUCUACCUCAUGGAGUUCCUUCUUCAGGGUAUAUACGACCACCCUGUAAGUCUGCUGGGCAUCGGUUACAGCCACCGUCAGCGCCAGCAUCAAGUUCUCUGUUUGGAGCACCCGCCCAGGCUCUACGGGGGGUGCAGGGAGGGGAAUCCAUGAUGGACAGCCCAGAGAUGAUCGCCAUGCAGCAGCUGUCCUCCCGAGUCUGCCCCCCAGGUGUGCCUUACCAGCCCCGCCAGCCUGUUCCCCCGCAUAUGCCCAGCCCUUUCCCACCAGUAACUCACUCAGCCUCAGUCAGUGUGCCAAUCCCCAAGCCUGCCCUAGGCAACCCUGGGAGGUCACAGGAUAACAGUGAGACAUCAGAGCCUGAGAAAGACCGAGCAGAGCCCUUAUCUGGAUUUGAAGAGAAACCAGCAAGCAUUGGUGCUUCAGAGGGGGGUGUAUACCUCAAACAACUACCUCACCCCGCAGCUCCCCUGCAGCCUGACUGCACCAGGCAGAGCUCCCCACAAGAAAGAGAAACACUGGUUCCAGAGCUCAAAAAUGAAUCCUCUGAAUCUGCAGACAGCUGUAAAACAACAAAGGGCAAGACCACUUGGCCCUCAGAUAGCAGCUACACCAACCCAGCCACACAGGGGUGUAUGAGAGACCUUUCCACUGUGGCAGACAGAGGAACUCUGCCUGAAAACGGAGUCAUUGGUGAAGUGUCUCCCUGUGGAACCGAGGGGAAGGGCCUUGGAGGCAGUGGUUCAGAAAAGCCACUCUGCCCCAGAGGCAAAAUGCAAGAAACCAUGUUAUGUACAGGGCAGAACACAACUACAUCUCCCAAUACAGACCCCGGGCUGAUGGGAGGCACUAUGAGCCAGUUCUCAUCCUUGUACAUGCCUGGCCUGGAGUACCCCAGUUCAGCUGCACAUUACCAUAUCAAUCCAGGCCUCCAAGGCUUGGGUCAUGUGGUGGGAGGGAAGUCCUCAGUGUCCCAUCCUCAGCAUUUUCCGCCUAGGGGCUUUCAGUCUAACAGUCCUCAUUCUGGAGUCUUUCCCCGGUAUCGCCCCCACCAAGGCAUGAGGUAUCCCUACCCUCCCCCACCUCAGCCUUCCUACCAUCACUAUCAGCGAACUCCUUAUUAUGCCUGUCCACAGGGCUUUUCUGACUGGCAGAGACCUCUACAUCCCCAGGGAAGCCCAAGUGGGCCCCCAGCUAGUCAGGCUCCCCCACCACGUUCCCUCUUCUCAGAUAAGAGUGCCAUAGCUAAUCUGCAAGGCUGUGAGACACUGAAUGCUGCCUUAACUUCCCCAACCCAAAUGGAUGCAGUGGCUGCUAAAGUUGUCCCAACUGAUGGGCAAAAUCCUGGUCCAGAGGAAGAGAAGCUGGAAGAGUGUAUGGAGAGGCCAGAGAGUCCCAAAGAAUUUUUAGACCUGGACAACCAUAAUGCAGCUACCAAGAGACAGAGUUCAUUAUCAGCCAGUGAAUAUCUUUAUGGAACUCCUCCUCCACCUCUGAGUUCAGGAAUGAGUUUUGGUUCACCUGCUUUUCCACCCCAUGGCGUCAUGUUGCAACCAGGGCCCCCUUAUACACCCCAGCGGCCAGCCAGUCACCUUCAGCCCAGGGCUUACUCUGCCACUGGGGCAGCUCACCCCACUCACUGUCCUGCAGCUGCCCAGCCCAAUGGCCUCUCCCCAGAGAGCCCUGUCUAUCGCUGUCAGGAAGAGGGCCUGGGUCACUUUCAAGCCGUAAUGAUGGAACAGAUUGGAAGUGGAAUAAGGGGACCUUUCCAGGAAAUGUACAGACCAUCAGGGUAA